AUGCCACCCCCCAAAUCCACCCAAAAUGAAUACCUCCUCCCCAUGAAAGAAGCCCCCGCCGCCAAAACCAUGUCCUCACGCCUCAUGACCAUGAAGUUCAUGCAGCGCGGCGCUGCCCUCGCCGCCGCCGCCAAUAACAACUCCCUAACCACUCCCGUUUCCGCAACCACACCGACCCCCGCAAACCCCCAAGCGGCCGGCAACGACAACGACAACGACGUCACCUCCUCCUCUAAACGCCGUAAAUUCUCCCACGUCCCUGCCUCCGCCUCUACCGCGGCCCCUCAAUCCCCCCUCUACGACCAAGCCGCCAUCCAAGCCGCCAUCGAAGAAGAAGAGAAGAAGCGAAUCGCUGCCGUGGAGAGGAGAGCCGCAGAGUUGGGUGACAGUCACUGGGUCCUGGAGGGUGCGAACACAGGAGUGAAAAAGGGGGCAAAGAAGCCGUUGAAUGUUGUGCAAGUGGGCUUUGCGCAGAUUGACUAUGGCUCAUCAAGGACAACUUACUCUGGUGUCGAGGACGACAACCCAUUCGAGGAGGGAAGCGCGGGUGCUGCCCCACCGUUGAUGAGAUUCAACAUGAAGAAGGCCGAGGCCCCCAAGAUCAAAUCCGACGAGAGCUCCAGUUCCGACAACUCGGACUCCGACAGCGGCUCAGUCUCCGAUGAUUCCGACUCCGAUUCCUCCUCAGACGAGAGAAAGACCACGAAGAACCGACAACAACCCCGUGGCAGGCAACAGAACACCAACGACUCCGCCUCCCGAAAACGUGGCCGAUCAUCUACCCUUUCGACCAAAAAAGCGGAAGAGCAAAAACGCGCCCGAGAACUCGCCAGCCAGAGAAGGAAAAAGGAGGUCAAGCUCAACAGGCUAAGCUCGAUAUCUGGCGCAGGGGGGUUAAGCUCAAUAUCUGGCGGUGGUGGGCUCUCCUCCUCGAAAACGUCAAUGGCAAACAUGACUUGCCAUGGGUGCGGUAAGCUGGGGCAUAAGAAUGCGGAUUGCCCUAACAAGAGGAGACGCUAG